AUGAUUGAAAGUACUGCUUUGCGUAAGUUUGCGAUCUCUUACUUCUUGACUUACCCGAAUCGUCCUUUAUGCACAUUAGUUGAUAAGAUAGCCCAACAUAUUGAAAGAAAGUUCUUUAAAGGCGAGAUAGUGUUUAUUAAGGAAAAAGAACUAACUGGAUGCAUUGUGGAAAGUACAAAAACCGGCUAUCUAGUUGAAAUUUAUGACGACAACCAGCCAGUGCCCCAAAAAGAAGAAAUACCCAAGUCAGCUCUAAUGAGAAAAGAUAGUGCGACUAAGAAUGAAGUUCUUCUCUUUCUUUUGAACUCAACCCGAGAUACACCUUUAGGCCGAGUAGUGCUUGGUACUGCAGUACAGGAUUUAGGUCUAUUCAUGGGCCAGACUGUAACAGGAUCAGCCGUAAGACAAAUUAUGAAGCCAGAUGAUAUGUUAGAAGGAGCCGAAGCCCGUAAAUGGCAAUUCAACUUAUCUUCUGAUAAAAAAGAUAAGGAAUUAGCUGCUAUUGAGUUACAAAGACAGGAAGCUCAGAAAUCAGCUAUCUUAGAAGUACCUCGAACUAUUUGGACUUUACCUGAUGCUGAUUUCUGGCUGAAUCAAAGAGUAUUAGCUGUUUAUGGUCAGAUUAGUACAUUUAGUGCCUUCUUUAAGACUGAACCCUUAUCUUUGGAUGAUUUUAUUACGGCUUUGUUUAAGAAGGAGCCAAAAGAUACGGCUAUGAUAGAUAUGUGUACGAAGUUUUUGAAAGCAGUUGGGCAUGAACGGCGUAAAUCUGGUAAGGAAGGAUUGAGAGAUAUCAUUCAAAUUGCAACCGAAGUUGUUUAUCAUAAUCCUAGUACUCAAUCAAUUGUAGCCCGGAUUAAGGCUGAUAGUAGUGUUAGUAGUGGUGGUGUUAGUAAUAGUGAUGUUGCGACAGGUAGUAAUAGUGCAAGUAGUAGUGGUGCUACAGCAAGUAAUAAUGCUACAGCUGGUAGUACUGGUGGGUUUACGCGUAUUCAAUGGUUUGCUGGUGAUGCUUCGGCAAAGACUUGGCUGUCUUAUAUGAAGAGUUUUGUUUAUGAUAUUAUCAAUGCUUAUGGAAUCAAAAUCAAAACAUUGGAGUUUUUGCCUGGGGGUGGUGGUGUACAAAAUGAGUUGUCUCAAUUGGCUGAUCGUUUGCUAAUCUUAUCUUUUCUUUUGGAAAUAUGUAUGCUUGGCUUGCGCUUCCGGGCAUACUUUGAUGCGGCAGUGGAUGAGUUUAAGGAGAAGGAAAAGGAACGGGCUGGUUUGUUGCAGGAAUUGCGGCGGUUGAAGGGUGAAUUGCUACUGGGUCGACAGACUGAUCAGGAUAAUACUGCUCUUAAUGAGGCUGAACAGGCCUUGGCCGUACUAAAUAAUGAGUAUAAACCAGAACUAUUACGGGCUUCAAUUGGGUUCUAUUUAGAUAUUCACUUCUUUAUGAUAGAUAAGCGAUUGUUGUACAUUUACCAUGAAGAGGUUUAUAUGAUUCGGGAGGAGCAUUGGAAUGACUUGUUUACUGUCCUGGGCACGGAUAAGAAGAAAGACGGAGUAAUCCUAGAUACUAUGAAGAAGUACCUCCGCCUGGUUUGA